AUGAUACAGGUCUUGAGAACCAAUAGUUCCACUGAUUUUGUCCUUCCAGGGGACAAUUAUCCUUAUUGGUUAGCCUAUACAGGGAACGGUUAUUCAGUACCUUUUCAAGUUCCUGAAGAUAGUGAUUGUCGCAUGAAGGGAAUGAUGUUGUGUGUUGUUUAUUCAUCAACCCCUGAAAACAUGGCAACUCAAAGUCUUACUAGUGUCUUCAUCUUUAAUUACACAAAGUGCACCAUUCAGAUAUAUAAGCAAGCAACAACAAUGUCCUUCACUGAUGAAGAUUGGCAGGGUGCAAAAUCAAAUCUAGGACCUGGUGACAAUGUGGAGAUUUUUGUAGGUGUUGACCAUGGAAUCACUGUUAAGAAAACAGCAGUGUAUCUUAUAUAUGCUCAGUCAAUUACAAUGAGAAUAGAGCCACGUGAUCUGAGUGUGAGACUGUCACCUGAAUUGAGUCCACAACCAUUCACUUAUGCGGAAAUGGAGCCAUUAAAGAAGCCGAAGAAAAAUAUAUUUACAAAAAUUGUAAACGAAGUGAGAGUAUGUUUAUGCUUGAAGUAG